AAAGCAGCAGAAACAAAAACUGUUGAAAAACAAAAGGCGACAGCUGAAGCCCCAACUAAAAUAGAAGUUAAGGUAGACAAACUUGUUGAGAAAGAGAAAGAAAAGAAGAAGCAAAAGCAGAAGUAAAUGAAAUUGCUCCACAAGUCAGCAGCUGAUAAAGCGGAAGCUAAAUCCGUUGUAGAAGAAGCUGCCUCAAGUGAUAGCAAAGUUUCAAACUCUGCCGAAGAGUGUGACGUUCAAGCAAGUGCCGAUAAAACCGAUUCGAAAUCCGUUAGUGAGGAGCAACAAGCUACAUCGACCACUGAGAAAACGGAAACAAAGGAAAAAGAUGGUGCCGUUGUGACAACUACAACUAAAGUUACAACACGCACUGUAAGUGGCGCUGGCAGCUCUGCAUCGAAGCCAGCUUCGCCGUUUGCGAAAUUCCAUCAGUUGGACAAACAAAACUCUCAGCAAUCGCCAAAAUCACCGUCAACACCCACCACUCCCGGGGGCACAGCCUCACCUUCCGGUUCCGCACGCAUAUUCCAAUUUACUGAUCCGGCAUUAAAUGCACGCGCCGCCACUGUUAAGGAACAACUUCUGCAGUGGUGCCAAUCGAAAACGCAGGAAUAUGAGAACGUCCAAAUAACUAACUUUAGUGCCAGCUGGUCAGAUGGUUUAGCAUUUUGUGCUCUAAUACAUCAUUUCUUGCCAGAUGCCUUCGAUUAUAGUAAAUUAACACCAAAAAGCCGAAGACAUAAUUUUGAAUUAGCUUUCACUGUGGCCGAUGAGAAAGCUGGCAUAGCGCCACUACUCGAUGUCGAGGAUAUGGUAGAGAUGAAACGACCCGAUUGGAAAUGCGUUUUCAUAUACGUACAGAGCAUCUACCGUCGUUUCCGUAAUUGCCAAUAAAAUCGGGGAAAAACCACAAAUUAAAUAAUCUUCUGACAUCAUAGCCUGCGGUCAUCAGCAAAAAAAAAAAAUUAAAAAUAUUUAUUGAAAAAUAACUAUUGGUGUAUACUAAUCCUUCAUUGCCAUGAAACCGAUCUUAAAAAAAACGGUUCUACAUAUUUGCCAAAAUUUUUUGUUGUUAAUUAUGAAUACAAUGGUAUUGGGCACUGGGAUGAACGAUUUCUUGUUCUAUGUACUACUCUGCUAACUCUUGAAAAUAUUAAAACAUAAUUCAUAAACGUAUGAAGAAAUUUUAACAAAACUACGAAAACUUAGUACGUAUUUGUAAUUAAAUUUAUUUAUUAUUGCAUAUAAAAAAAAACAACACAUUUUGUGUAUUGGUUUCCUAAAUCUUGAGCAAUAAAAAAACAGAACGUAUCUCUCAUACACAUGUACAUACAUAUGUAGGUACAUUGUACAUACGAGUAUAAACUUUUGCAACUCGAUCUGGAUCGUACGACGUAGAUUAAGUCGACUAUAUUUUUGUACGUUCAAAAAUAAUUAAUGCGAACAUUUUUUGAAAUUUCUUGUGAAUUUACACGCUGUAGCACAAAAUUAUUUUGGACUAUUGAAUAAUUGUUCUUGUUGUUGGUGGUGCAUUAAUGUAAAAUUACAUACAAAACUACUUGUUAAAAAUUGAACUAAGUAGAAUUAUCAACUUGUAAAAAAAGAAAGAAGCAAGCAAAUAAUUGAUGAUCUAUAUAUAUAUAUAUAUAUAUAUAAUACAUAUUUUAUGUAUAACCGUACUCGUAUGGAGAAAAUGCAAUAUUUCACAUGCGCUUGUUUUCGCUUUUCUCGAUAAGAAACAUAUGAAAUCACGCCUAGAUACUAACAACACGUUUAUUACAAUAAAUAAUAUACAUAUUUACACAUAAAUAAAUAUA